AUGCAGCCACCGAUAGCCCAGGGCAAUUCGCCAAUCUCGCAGAACGAAGAGGCCAAAGAGAUCCAAGACGCAAUCAACACUAUCUUAGAAACCGCGCAAAAAACACAUGAGCCGUCUGAGAAGAUGCCCGAUAGUCCCAUUAAUGCUCCGCGGCUCUCAAGAGACGACAUGGACGAGACUGAGCUUAACAGCGAAUUUGCAUGGGACAUUGCUACCAAACUCCACGCAAAGAAUUUCGUAAGGCUGGUGUCUAGGAAGCCGCCUGUCUUGCAUACCAUUUACCGUCUGCUCAACAAAUUGCAAAUGGGUGAUUGGGGGUACCGCGUCAAUAUUGCCGAGAUGCAGCGCAUGCAUCUACGAGCUCUGCAAGUCGGCCUCGUUGAUAAGGCAGUCGAGAUGCAAGUCCGGGGUAAUGCAAUGGGACCAGAAGCCAUCGCAAAAGAUGGCAAACUCCUAGCAGGUCUGCCUAGAGAAUACACUCAAGCUGUACAAGACUAUGAGUACAUGACAAAAGUCUCUCAGCAACCAUUCGACUUCUUCGUCGCGUCGAGUGAGCGCUACCAAGAUAGCUACGUUCUCGACAAGGUGAUGCGGAAGAACAGAGUAGGAGCUAGAGCCUUCGCCGAUCCGCCGCGAAUGACGUACGAGUCCAUGAAGCUCCAUGCUCUGCCGACUGGGCCCUGGAGCAGUGAAGAGAACCCCGAGCCUCUUGGCGGGACAAGGAACGCAUCGGCUAAGGCAGUGCUUCGUCGCAACUUUGGUGGAAGAUUAUGGGCGCAGUGGUUGGAGGGGCUUUCCUUGUCGGCCCUAUGUGGCUGCUAG